AUGGAGUCCAUCGAAAACAUUAUGCGUAUGGAUAAAGAAAAGCUGGCUGCCCCCAUCAAAACAGUCGAGGAGAAAUGGAGGCUUCUACCAGCUUUUCUGAAAACUAAAGGACUUGUGAAACAGCACAUAGACUCUUUCAACUAUUUCAUCAAUACUGAGAUUAAGAAAAUUAUGAAAGCAAAUGACAAAAUUUUAAGUGAUGCUGAUCCCAAUUUUUAUCUGAAGUACCUGAACAUUUAUGUUGGCAUGCCCAGUGUACAAGAAAGCCUUGGUAUUGCUCAGACAGUUUCUCCACAUGAGUGCCGUUUGCGAGACAUUACAUAUUCAGCACCAAUCACGGUCGACAUUGAGUUUGUUAGAGGAAAGCAGAUCUUCAGCAAAAAAAAUGUUGAGAUUGGAAGAAUGCCUAUUAUGUUACGGAGUUCCAACUGUGUGUUGACUGGAAAGACGGCAGCAGAGAUGGCUCAGUUGAAUGAAUGUCCCAUGGAUCCAGGUGGAUAUUUUAUUGUGCGUGGCACAGAGAAGGUUAUUCUUAUCCAGGAGCAGUUGUCAAAGAACAGGAUGAUUGUGGACACUGAUAGCAAGGGCAACAUUGAAUGUUCUGUCACCAGCUCCACCCAUGAGCGCAAAAGUAAAACAUAUGUCUAUGUUAAAAGGGACAGGUAUUACCUGAAACACAAUAUAUUCUCAGAGGAUAUCCCAGUGGCCAUUGCUUUCAAAGCAAUGGGAGUUGCUUGUGAUCAAGACAUUGUUCAGUUAGUUGGCAAUGAGGAGGAAGCAUUUGAUGCUAUAUCACCAUGUCUUGAGGAAUGUCACAGAGCACAAGUGUUUACUUCUCUACAGGCAUUGGAGUAUGUUGCCUCAAAAGUACGACAAAGAAUGUAUGGGAGCAAAAGAAGCAAAGCUGAUGAAGCAAGGGAUGUGUUAAAGAAUGUUAUACUUGCUCAUGUUCCUGUUGUGGAUUGGAAUUUUAAACCCAAAGCAAUUUAUUUGGCACUGAUGGUUCGGAGAAUUGUCCUGACGCAAGCUGGCAAAAUCAGAUGUGAUGACAGUGACUACUAUGGAAACAAGAGGCUGGAGUUGGCUGGUCAGUUGCUGGCCUUGUUGUUUGAGGACUUGUUUAAGUUGUACAACAUGGAUCUCAAGAAAGUUGCAGAUAAAAACAUUCCCAAAGUGCGCGCUGCUGAAUUUGACAUUACCAAAUUUAUGCGUACAGAUCCAAUCACAAAUGGACUGGCUAAUGCCAUUGCUACGGGCAACUGGACAAUCAAACGUUUUAAGAUGGACAGAGGUGGUGUAACUCAAGUCCUGUCACGGCUAAGCUACAUAUCUGCUCUGGGGAUGAUGACCAGAAUAAACAGCCAGUUUGAAAAAACUCGUAAAGUGAGUGGCCCACGUUCUCUUCAGCCAUCCCAGUGGGGCUUGCUGUGCCCAUCUGAUACUCCUGAAGGAGAGGCAUGUGGUCUGGUGAAAAACCUUGCUCUCAUGACACACAUAACUGUGGAUGUGGAUGAAGCCCCAAUUGCCAGAAUUGCCAUCAGUCUUGGAGUGGAAGAUAUAGAAAAUCUCAGUCGUGAUGAUGUCAGCUGUUCAAACUUUUAUAUAGUUUUUCUCAAUGGAAACAUCUUAGGAAUGACCAACCACUACAAACAGUUGGUGAACACAUUCAGACGGUUAAGACGUGCUGGUUUUAUCAAUGCAUUUGUAUCAAUAUUUCCCAACCAUUCACAUAAAUGUGUCUACAUAGCAUCAGAUGGUGGUCGUGUGUGCAGGCCAUAUAUUAUUGUCAACCAGAAGAGACCUUUAGUUACAUCAAAGCACAUUGAAGACCUGAGCAGAGAUUUCAGAUGCUUUGAAGAUUUCCUGCAUGAAGGACUGGUUGAGUACUUGGAUGUCAAUGAAGAGAAUGACUGCAUGAUUGCACUUUACGAGUCACAUAUUACAGACGAUACAACACAUCUUGAAAUUGAACCAUUUACAAUUCUUGGUGUCUGUGCUGGUCUGAUUCCUUACCCUCAUCACAAUCAGUCACCAAGAAACACAUACCAGUGUGCAAUGGGCAAGCAAGCCAUGGGUACCAUUGGUUACAACCAAAGAAACCGGAUUGACACUCUGCUGUACUUACUUGCAUAUCCACAUGCACCUUUAGUCAAGUCAAAGACAAUAGAACUCAUCAACUUUGACAAGUUGCCAGCAGGCCAAAAUGCAACAGUUGCUGUCAUGAGUUACAGUGGUUACGAUAUUGAAGAUGCAUUGGUACUGAAUAAAGCUUCACUGGACAGAGACAUGCUCCUGAAGCGCUAUGCCAAUCAAACAUUUGACAGAAUUAUGGGGCCAAAAGUAGAUAGGGACACUUACAAACCUGUCUGGAAACAUGAGCCUCUGGAAACUGAUGGCAUUGCUGCUCCUGGUGUCCGAAUUGAGAAUCGUCAAGUAAUGGUCAACAAAGAGAUGCCCACCAUCACCUCGCCAUCUCUACAACCAGCACUCGGACAGGUGAAACAAACUGAAUAUAAGGAAACACCCAUUACAUACAAAGGAUCAGAACCAGUGUACAUAGAGAGGGUGCUGGUAACUCAAAAUCAGGAAGAGUCAUUGUUGAUCAAGUUGUUGUUAAGACAGACUCGGAGGCCAGAAGUUGGUGAUAAGUUUAGCAGUCGCCAUGGACAAAAGGGUGUGUGUGGUUUAAUAGUUCCUCAGGAGGAUAUGCCAUUUACUGACCUCGGGAUUUGUCCAGACAUUAUCAUGAACCCACAUGGAUACCCCUCACGUAUGACUGUGGGCAAGCUUAUGGAGCUGCUUGGCAGUAAGGCUGGAGUUCUUGAGGGCAAGUUUCAUUAUGGCACAGCAUUUGGUGGAGAUAAAGUCUCUGAUCUGUCUGAAGUGCUGAUUGAACAUGGCUUCAAUUACAUGGGCAAGGACUAUGUCACGUCUGGCGUUACUGGAGAGCCUUUGUCUGCAUACAUCUACUUUGGUCCAAUCUACUACCAGAAGUUGAAACACAUGGUGUUGGACAAAAUGCAUGCUCGUGCCAAAGGUCCUCGGGCUGUGCUCACCCGCCAGCCAACAGAGGGUCGAUCUAGAGAUGGUGGUCUGAGAUUAGGAGAGAUGGAGAGAGAUUGCCUGAUUGGAUAUGGUGCUAGUAUGCUUCUUUUGGAGCGCCUCAUGAUUUCAAGUGAUGAAUUUGAAGUGGAUGUGUGUGGUCAGUGUGGCUUGAUUGGAUACUCAGGCUGGUGCCAGUAUUGUAAGUCAUCCAGUGAUGUCUCAACGUUGAAAAUGCCAUAUGCAUGUAAACUGUUAUUCCAAGAGCUGCAGUCAAUGAAUAUUGUGCCUAGAUUAUCUCUCAAGCGAUACAAUGAAUUGUAG